AUGAGCAAGACAAGUCUCGAUAAACAAAUAAGUGGACGGUCUGCAGAGGUUAGCAAUAUUAGGACGAAGGUGUGGAGGAGAAUUCAAGAAGAAACCAACGUUCAAUUCAAUUCGUUAACACCAUACAACUUGGUUCAGGUGAAAAGGCUGUUUCGAAUUAUAACCGUCGGAAAGAAAGAACCGCCGAUUCGAGAGAAGGCUGUGAUGACGGCAGAUCCUUGGGUAGCUGAGAUGGAUGUGGACGAUACUCCGAUUUAUGAGGAUACGGAUGAUAUUCAGACAUUCCAGGAUAAAAAUAACCAUGCCAAUGACGAUGAAUCUCCAAGUCAUCUUGAAGUUGACUUGGUCUUCCUGACAAUGGAGUUGAUUUUCUUGACAUUGACAACAAUCACUUUAGCAUCCUACUUGAUUUUAGAUGACGAAGAAUUUCCAUAUCUUAGCGACGUUGGGUUAGAAGCUCCCGACGUUGGCGUUGAUCCUCCUGAUGUCGGUGUAGAAGCCCCCGAUGUUGGCUUUGUAGUUUCUGACAAUGGCGUUGAUGAUCCCGACCCUGACAUAUAG